UCCAACGUGCUCGGGGUUUUUGGUCUUUCGCGUGAUACAGAUGAGCGCCAGCUCGACUCGAUUUUUGGUGAUUUUGGCCAACUGGAAAAGUGCAUUAUCAUCCACGAUCGUCAGAAUGGUCGCUCUCGUGGCUUUGGCUUUGUCACCUUUGUCAGCGAUGAAGAUGCCCAGCGGGCUCGUGAGAAGCUCAACGGCGCUCGCAUCGACGGUCGCAAUGUUCGCGUGGACUUCAGCGUGACCAAGCGCGCCCACACCCCC